GCUCGUUGGUCUGUGUCUAAAAUGGGCUCGGGCGGCGGUGGAGCGGCAGCCCGAGCUUUAAAUGGUGAGGUCCUCUCCCUCGACGGCGGCAGAGGGCGGAAUAAAAAAGGAGCUAUCAGUACGGAAGACAGACCCAAGCACCAGAAAUAAACAGGAAAUUAGAGUGGAGGACGGGGAAGAAAAUAAAACUACCUCCAACGGCUUGCUGUUGGCUGAGGAACCUGCAGAACCUGUCUGGGCCUGCCGCAAACCACUGGCUUAGCUGUGCUGUGCCAUGGCUCUGUUGACCCUGCAUAGGCUCCCGUCCAUCUCCACCGAUACUGAUGAACGGCUCCAAAAGAGAGGAAGACUUCAGAAAAGGGAGAGCUUCGCUCUCGUCAAAGGGGCGGUUGUGCUGCUGGAAGAUGGCGAAAUCGGGAACUGCAGCGAGGACACUUCUUCCACCGCGACUUCUCCGGAGAAGAAAGACAUCGGCACGUCGAACGCGCGGCACAGACACUUACGUGCCAUGUUUGAGCAACUGAGACCAGAAGAUACCAUCAAGCUGGCKGUGCAGUUGGAGUCAGCCAGCCUGGUCAGAGUCAGGUAUCUGAUCGUCGUCUCCACGACCAGCAGCAAACAAGAAAGCAUUCUGCUGGGCAUGGAUUUCCCCAGCUCAGACAGCAAUCAGUGCACCAUUGGCCUGGUUCUGCCAAUAUGGAGCGACACACAAGUGUACCUGGACGGAGACGGUGGUUUUAGUGUGACAUCAGCAGAGGAAACCAGAAUUUUUAAGCCAGUCUCCAUGCAGACUAUGUGGUCCAUCCUCCAGGUGCUGCAUGGCUGCUGCGAGCGGGCCGUCAAAUCAGCCGUGAUCCCAGGCAGCGGGCUGGAGUGGUCCCAGCACUACCUCCGACACAUAGAGUCCGAUCGCCUUUGCCUGAACGAGUGGGAGGCCAUGAACGACCUGGAGUCGGUCCGCAGGGACAGCAACGGACAGAACUCUGCAGACAGAGUUUCUAAUGAGAGACUGAUCAAAGAGCACCUGAGAGACAUCAUGAGGACCGAAGACCUGGACAACCUGACCUCGAAAAUGGUGCACUCGGCUCUGGAGACCAGGAUACAGAUUGAACUGAGGCCCUACAAGGAGUACAUAGACAAUGAGAUCCUGGUGACGAUGGCUCAGAUGGACAAGCCCUCCAAAAUAUUUGAUUACCUUUACCUGGGUUCCGAGUGGAACGCAGCUAACUUUGAGGAAUUGCAGAAAAACAACAUCGGCUACAUUCUGAAUGUCACAAGGGAGAUUGACAACUUCUUCCCAGAAUCCUUCACUUACAUGAACGUCAGAGUGUACGACGUGGAGGCGACCGACCUGCUGCCCCACUGGUCGGACACGUACAACUUUAUCAACACUGCAAGAAAAAGCGGCCAGGCGGUGUUGGUGCACUGCAAGAUGGGCGUGUCCCGGUCUGCGUCCACGGUGAUCGCCUACGCCAUGAAGCAGCAGCGCUGGCUCCUGGACGUGGCGCUGGCCUACGUCAGAGACCGCCGGUCCAUCGUCAAGCCCAAYGAGGGCUUCAUGAGGCAGCUGCAGACCUACAGCGGCAUCCUGAGCGCCAGCCAGCAGCGUCACAGUGCACUCUGGAAACGGAAGUCCAGAGACCAGAGACAAAAGUCGGAGCACAAGGAAGAGGGGGCGGACAUGGAGGUGGACCUGCCGCUGAAGGGCGACGAGGGAGUCGACGAGGACGAGGACGAUGAUGAUGAUGUAGAGAGUCCAGAUGAAAAAGAUUCAGGCAGUCCAGAUGAGAAAAACAACUCUGAUGAAGACCAUGAUGUGUUUGACGAGACGCUCCCCAUGUCUGACUCCRUCCAGACCCCGAGUUCAACAGGAUCAGCUGUCAGCCCCCUCAUCACCAUCAAUGAGCCAGACAAGCUUUCCUCGAGUCUGAAUCGCAGCGGCAGGAUGAACCUCUUCUCCCUCAUGCAGUCUAUUAGUGAGCUGGACGACGAUGACAAGGGGCUCGACCAGAUGCCUGGCAGUCCAAGACGCUCUCCAGGACAGCGUAGGCGUAGCCACGUACGACGGGGUCUUACCCACCAAAAAGCAUGCGUGGACAUUUCACCAGAACCACGCUGCCUGCCAGAUGACGGCACCAGCGAGCACUAAAGUGGACAAAGAUGGACGAGCAGGGGAGGAACAAAGGAAGACCAGGAAAGUUUAAAAACAACAACAAAAACAAGUCCUGAAGGUGAAGAAAGCAGGACGCACKCCAAAGCUUUUUAUACACUCAUAUUGAAGUUGUAAUUUACGCCUCGCUGGUCUCUCGUCUGGUUUUAACUAAUGAUUCGUUUCUCCGAGGAUAUUGCUCCAGUAUUGCUGUACCAGUGAAAGACGGGACAUCUUCCAGCUAAUAUGGCUGUUUAAGUUUUUGWAUUUCCCGUCAAGUAUUUUUAAGAUUCUGCCACACAAGUCUCAUCGGAGCUCUCCGUUUCCCGUCACGCCUUCUACAGCUCUCCCUCCCAACACUCCUGAGAUCUAUGCAAAAAAAAAAAAACCUGCUGUCUUUCCUUGAACACGAGGCUUUAAAGCUGCCACUUGAUUCAUUUCCCUAAAGUUCUUUUUUUUUUUGUCGUCAGAUUUGACUGCAUCUAAGCUGUGCAUUAUGGACCACGUCAGGCCAGUUUUAURGCGCUCAUCUUAAUUGCCAAACUGUUUUUCUAUGUGCCAGUGAAUAUAUUUAAMUGAAAAUCUUUAUCAUUGUCCAUAUUGGGGAACAUUUUUUAUUUAACACCAGGACUGCAUGAGUGCCUUCAACAUGAGAAUAAAAUACAACUGGUGUUUUUUUAUGUUUUUUUUUAACUCUAAGGUGUGGGCCACGUAUUGUAUUUCUUGUGCUSCUUCAUACAGCCCAAAAAUCUCUGCAUAAAUACAGUAUAUAGGUAUCAAAAUAUAAAUGCUGGUGAACUGGGUGCAUGUUUUGGUGUAUAUCUACCAGCCCAUGAUAGUGAACUGUUCAGGGUUUUUUGUUUUGUUUUUUUCCACAUGUAUAUAUGGAUUUUAAAUAGGUUGAAUUAUUCAUACGUGAUGCUGAUGUGGAAMGUUAUUUCAUGCUGGUAUUCCUUUUUGUSAAUCMAAACCUAGCUAAAGCUUCAUUUAACGUGCAUGCCCAGCAUUAAAAUCAUUUACACGCACUUUAUAAUCCCUCAGCUCUCGCUGUUCACACUUCCUGAGACAACUGUGCACUGUACUGUGAUUGAUAGGAUCAAUGUUUGUGAGYCUGUGCUGGCAAAAAUGAGCGACAGCGAGGAGUUUUUCUGUAUUUUUUUUUUCUCCAUUUCGAAAGCUUCAAAAUAAUACGCAGUUUGCCAAUUUCUCACCUGGCUACUGUUGUUUACCAGCAUUCCAGCUUUCAGAUCUAUUUUUAUUGGUCUGGAGUGAUGUCAUCAGGAAUUCCAGUCCUAUAUUUAAAAAAGGGGAAUCCCCAAAAGACAUUAAACAAAUUUACUGAUACUACAUAAGAGAAGUCAAUUUCAAAGGAAAUUAAAAGCAUUACAAAACAAAAGGUACAUUUCUAAAAGCAUAUUUGCCAGAAAACUGAUGUAAAGGCAGUAUAUAAAGAAUUUGCUACUUUAGUCACCAAAAUUGUUAGAUGACUUCUUUAAACGACUUUCUGCAAAAAUAUUUUCACUGCUGACUGCACUCAUUUUCCCAGCACAGUCCACUUUCAAAAUAAAAAAAUUUGAUCAACA